GUUUAGGCGAGUAGUGGGGUACGAAUUUGUGCAGCGGGGAGCUGAUUGUGAGCGUCGGGGACGGGCCAGGGGUGGUUUAUUCCGUUUGCAUGUCAUCCAUUUUUCUGUGUCGAGCUGACUGUGGUGCUGCAUGUAUUCAUUCAAAUUUCGUGACGCGAGGAGUGCGGGGCAUCUUAGUCAGUGAUAAAGUAACACACGGGUGAGAAACGAUGGAGGGUGGAGGGAGUGGACAGGACGAGCGCCUCGAGCUGAUCAGUGCGUAUGUGCAAAAGACCCUCAAGUUGAAGCCGGAAAAAUGGACAAAAAUGAUGGCACUGGAAGAGUACCGCAAUGUGGUGCAAGAUUUCCUGGACCGAGCGGAGAGCGGAGGCGUUUUGCUGCUUACGGUCAACUCGGCGGCGCAGUUGGUGCCAGCUCUCGGCUUUCCGCUCGCCCUGAAGAGCAAGGCGGCCUUCUUUGCUCGCGUCCACCCGCGUCCCAUUGCCGUGGCCUCUGACGUCAGGCAGCUGCUCGUGCUUGGCGACAUCGCACUCAAGCCCAUCGAGCAACUCGCUGCGCUCGUCGACGAGGUGUUUGUGCCUUUGCUCUCGAAUUCGCAAAACCACGAGACCUGGCCAAUCGCCAUCGGGCAAGAUGUAAAGCGACACGUCCACUCGUUAAAGAGCACCGUCUACCAAGUCAAAGGCCAAGUCAGCGGCCAAACUAUUCUGCCCAUGCCUGUUGGCGUAGAGAGAGUGCACGAGGCAGAAGCAAAAUUGAUAAGCAGCGGUGGUGAUGUAGUGGACAUGUACUUGAAAUCGGCGAUCGAAGCCGUGGUGAUCAAGUGGGCGGCCCAAGUGAACGACGUUUUGAGCGAGGAAUCAAGCGCUUUGUCGCCAACGUCCACCCCUUCGGCAGAGAUUUCGUUUUGGAACAGCCGGCUGACUAAUUUGGACAACAUCUACUCUCAACUGCGAGAUGAGAGGGUGCGAAAAAUGGCCGUGAUCCUGGAGAAGACCGAUAGCGCUUACUUUCCGUGCUUCAAAAACCUUUUCCGCAGCGUGGUGGCGGCGCUGACGGAGGCCAGGGACAUAGCCCUGCACCUGAAGCCCCUCCAGCGCCAGUUGACUGUUUUAGAGGAGGUAGCGGACUUUGGCGAGGCGGCGCCGCUCGUACGGCCCCUGCUGCACGUUAUUUGUCUCGUGUGGGCCCACUCUCACUACUACCGACACUCAAGCAAGUUGGUGGUUUUGCUCAGGCAGGUGGUGAACCUGCUCGUGCAGCAAGCCAAAAGGUUUCUCGACCCCUCGUCUAUCUUUCAAAGUGAUGUCGACGAGGCCAAACAAAGAGUAGAGCUCUCUGUUCAGGUUCUCCGCUAUUUUCGGACGACUUUUGACCAAUUCCGCGAGUUGCUGCCUAAUUAUUUCGGCAAUGAGCCACCAGUACCGUGGAAUUUUCAUCCCGGCAUGGUUUUUGAGCGCUACGACGCUUUUCUAGAGCGACUCCUCCUCGUGCAGGGGUUCUUUGAAACAGUGCUAGAAUUUCUAAAGCUAGAAAAGGUUGAAAUCGGAGGUUUGAAAGGAAGAGGUCUCUCCGCUAAAAUAACGCAGGUAUUUAGAGACUUCAAUGAAUGCUUCGCUGUUUUUGCUUGCAAAACUUACGACGCUUUGGACCCUGAAGAAGAGGCUUUUGUUGACGACCUGGAAGCUUUCCAGUUAAAAGUAAAGGAUCUCGAUCGCCGACUGGCUUCUAUCCUCUGUCAAGCGUUUGAUGACGCUCAUGAGCUGGAGACAAUUUUUAAACUUAUCGACAUUGUGGGCACGGUUCUCCAAAGACCGCUGAUCCGGAAGCGCUUCACCAGCAAAUACGACAAAAUUGUAGAUUUACUCGAGUUGGAGAUCGCCGAAGUGGAGAAAAUCAUGGAAAUUAUAAUUCAAUCGGGCCGAUUUCCUGCUGAAAAGAAUUUACCUCCGGUUGCCUGCGUAAUAAAGUGGGCAAAUCACAUGCAGCAACGCAUUGAUGCGCCAGUUGCGAGCUUCAAAACACUUGAUCAUCCCGUGAUGACUUCAGAAAAAGCACUUAGCGUUCUGAGUAAGUGCAAUAAUUUGGAAGAGAAGCUUACUAAAUUGCGGGAGGAGCAUUUAAAUAAAUGGAGAAGUGAGUGUGAGGAAAAGUGUGACAUGUAUCUACAAAAGCCACUGUUUGUCUUUAAAAAUAAGAAAGAGCUGAAACUCAACUUCGACUCGCAGCUUGAAAGUACUCUUCGCGAAGUGCGUUACAUGCACUUAUUAGGCUUAGAAAACGAAAUUCCAGCGUGCGCACUCAAAACCUACGAAAGCAUUGAAACGUUUCGAAAAUACUGUUGCAACCUCAAGAUCACGAUAAUAAAAUACAACCAGAUUCACCAGUUCAGUCAGCCAGUUGAAUUUGCUUUAGUCAAAGAAGACGUUGACAAAAUCAAUGACCUUGUAAAACUCGGAGAGAACGAAUACAAUUGGAGUUCUCCAGAUCUUUGGUCGUAUAUUGAGAGGCUGCGAGACCUAGUUUGUGAUUUGCACCAACGGCUGAAGCAGAGCAAGGACAAUUUGAACCGCGUGCACCAGUUGAUGUGCGUUUGGUGUCGCGUGCCUCUCUUUGAACGCAAGGACGGGCGCAAAGACACGCUCCUUCAUCCAGCUGAACAGGCCGAUCGGGCCCAGAAAAGGUAUGCCGAGAUUAAGGAAGUUUCGAGUGAGACGGAGCGGCUGGUGGAGCAGAAUUUGACGCUGUUCAGCUUGCGGGCCGACGAGACGCGCUGGCUGCGCUACGUGGAUCACAUCGACCAUAUUGUGCGCGACGCCCUGCAGCGCACCCUUGGUUGCUCGCUGGCUUACUUGGCGGACAACAUGGACCCUACGUCAAAAGCAGCCCCCUUUUUCGAGGCUCGGCUCGAGCUUCGAGAGCCGCAGCUCAUGUUUGUGCCUCCUUUGGACGAUUCGGAAAAUGGACUGGCUAAUAUUGCCAGUGGGCUCAUUGACGACGUUCUUAAAAUGGCCAAACUUGUUCAAAGGGUCUCUAAAAGUCCAAAUGCGGUUUCCUAUGAAGUUGAACUGGUAGAUAAUGAGGAUAUACGCGAAAUGAAAUCGGAGAUUCUUGGAGAAGUCCACGCAGUUAUGAAAGAGGCCCAAGAGCUGAGCGCACGUUUUGACGUAUUUUCUUAUCUGUGGCUUGAUGACAGGCAAAUGUACAUGGACCAGUUCCUAAAUUACGGUCGGCAACUUAAUUCGGAAGAAAUGGACCUGGUUGCGUUAGGCGACGCCAUGGCUCCGCCAAUUACACCGCCUUCUCUCGAUCUCUUCAAGCAGCAGCUAGACCAUUUUGAGGCAGUCUACGUCGAAAUUUGUGCUCUUCCCAGCAAAGAGGUUUUUCACUUGUGGUUCCAGAUUGAUGUUACACCCCUGAAGCAGACCCUGGUGAACCUGGUGCGUCGCUGGGGCAACAUGUUCCAGCAGCACUUGGCUGAGCAUGUGGUAAACAGCUUGACCAAUCUCGCCGAGUUCAUCAGGGAGGCUGACGAGGGUUUGAUGCGUCCAGUAGGCGACGGAGACUACGAUGGUCUCGUCCAGCUCAUGGGCUACUUGCUCAACGUAAAAGAGCGCCAAGCAGUGACUGACGAAAUGUUUGAGCCGAUUCAACAAACAAUCGAGCUGCUCAAGCUGUACGAACAGGAACUCCCUGAAGAGGUGCAUGUUCUGCUGCAGGAGUUGCCGGAGCAAUGGCUAAACACAAAGAAAAACGCCGCGACGGUGAAGCAGUUGGUGGCGCCCAUGCAGGCCAAUGAGGUUGCCUGCGUUAGAAAGCGAAUUUUGGCGUUUGAUGCGCAGCAAUGUCAGUACAGGGAUUCAUUUCGCAAGAGCCACUUUCUCAAGUUCACCUGUGAGCUGCCCUACGUGCAGAUGGACGAUAAAAACGGCGAAAUCAGCUCAAUGGAAGGCGAUAUGGAACGUUUACACGAUUCUGCUUCGCUUUUUGAAGUCAAUAUGCCAGAUUUUAAGCAUCUUAAACAGUGUAGACGUGAGCUGAAAAUGCUCAAGCAAUUAUGGGACUACGUGAUGAUCGUACGAACUAGCAUUGAGGACUGGAAAACCACUCCUUGGCGACAGAUAGACGUGGAAAACAUGGACAUUGAGUGCAAAAAGUUUGCCAAAGAAGUGCGCGCGUUGGACAAGGAAAUGCGCACCUGGGAUACCUAUGUGCAGCUAGAGGCGACGGUUAAAAACAUGCUGACCUCUUUACGAGCGGUCGGUGAAUUGCAAAACCCUGCCAUUCGUGAGCGCCACUGGCAGCAGCUGAUGACCUCGACCAAGAACCUCGCCGCCCUGCCGCCGGAAUACACCGUCCGUUUCGUGAUGGACACGAGCACUACCCUUGCGGAUUUACUUGCGCUGAAUUUGCACGAGUGCGAGGAGGAGGUUAAAAAUAUCGUGGACAAAGCGGUGAAAGAGAUGUCCAUGGAGAAAAUUCUGCGAGAGUUGAAUGCCACGUGGAGCACUAUGGAAUUUGAGCAGGAGCGGCACGCAAGAACUGGCUGCCUCCUGCUGAAAGCUUCAGAGGAGCUAAUCGAAACCCUUGAAGAAAAUCAAGUCCAGCUUCAGAAUCUCAUCACAUCAAAAUUCAUCGCCCAUUUUCUGGAGGAGGUGUCCACUUGGCAGAGCCGCUUGUCAGUUGCUGACCAAGUAAUGACACUGUGGUUCGAAGUCCAGCGAACAUGGACACACCUCGAGUCCAUUUUCACCAGCUCAGAAGACAUUCGACGGCAGUUGCCUGACGACGCAACCCGCUUCGACCAAAUUGACGCUGACUUCAAGGCCCUGGUCGACCGACUGGCUGCCACUCCAAGGGUGGUUGAAGCUACCAAUCAGCCCGGCUUAUCACAGGAACUGUCUGCUCUGCAGGCACAGUUGACUCUCUGUGAAAAGGCGCUAGCCGAGUACUUGGAAACAAAGAGACUCGCAUUUCCAAGAUUUUACUUCAUAUCCAGUGCGGAUUUGUUGGACAUCUUGUCCAACGGAGCAGACGCAAAACUCGUUGUUAGGCACUUGACUAAGUUAUUUGACUCAAUCGCUCGAUUGAAAUGGGCCCCAGAGCAAGCUGACAAAAUUCUUCGGGCAGAGGGAAUGUACGCCAAAGACGGCGAGUAUGUGCCGUUCAGCGCGCUUUGUGAUUGCACUGGCCCAGUCGAAGUUUGGCUGAAUCGGGUGCAGACAGCAAUGCGGUCGACCAUCAAAGACAACUUUGCCGAAGGAGUUGUUGCCUACGAAGACAAACAGCGCGAGCUGUGGUUGUUUGACUAUCCAGCCCAAGUUUCGCUUUGCGGAACUCAGAUUUGGUGGACGUCUGAGGUCAACAUGGCUUUUGCGAGACUGGAAGAAGGCUAUGACAAUGCUUUGAAAGACUACCAGAAAAAACAGAUUUCUCAGCUGAGCACACUUAUCUCGUUACUUUUGGGCGAGUUGACAAAGCAGGACCGGCAAAAAAUCAUGACCAUUUGCACAAUCGACGUUCAUUCCCGCGACGUAGUGGCGAAACUGAUACAGGCGAAAAUUGAGUUUGCAUCUGCAUUUCAAUGGCAAUCUCAGCUAAGACACAGAUGGGACGACCGUUUGCGUGACUGCUUUGCCAACAUCUGCGACGCAGAGUUUGGAUACUGUUACGAGUACUUGGGAAAUACACCUCGUCUCGUGAUUACCCCGUUAACGGACAGGUGCUACAUCACCCUGACGCAGUCCCUCCACUUAGUGAUGGGUGGAGGCCCCGCAGGACCUGCUGGAACGGGAAAAACCGAGACCACGAAGGACUUGGGCCGUGCCCUCGGAGUCAUGGUUUAUGUAUUUAAUUGCUCAGAGCAAAUGGAUUAUAAGUCUUGCGGCAAUAUUUACAAGGGCCUAGCUCAGACAGGAGCGUGGGGCUGCUUUGACGAGUUCAAUCGAAUAUCUGUAGAAGUGCUAUCGGUGGUUGCCGUGCAGGUUAAGUCCGUGCAAGACGCCAUCAGGGAGAAAAAGAAGACGUUUAAUUUCAUGGGCGAGCUAAUUCCAUUGGUGCCGACCGUAGGAAUUUUUAUCACAAUGAAUCCCGGCUACGCAGGAAGGACCGAACUGCCAGAAAAUUUGAAAGCCCUUUUUAGGCCAUGUGCCAUGGUUGUCCCUGACUUUGAGCUCAUUUGUGAGAUCAUGUUGGUUGCAGAGGGAUUUCAGGAUGCCCGUGUUCUUGCCCGGAAAUUCAUUACCCUUUAUACGCUAUGCAAAGAGCUGCUGUCCAAACAGGACCACUACGAUUGGGGCUUGCGAGCCAUCAAGUCGGUGCUCGUGGUUGCUGGGUCUUUGAAACGGGGUGACCCCUGCAGACCCGAAGAGGAGGUUUUGAUGAGGGCAUUGAGAGAUUUCAACAUUCCGAAAAUUGUGACGGAUGACAUGCCCGUGUUCAUGGGCCUAAUUGGCGAUCUAUUCCCGGCUCUGGACGUCCCGAGGAAGAGGGACCUCGACUUUGAGCGCACUGUAAAGCAGGCGGCCGCUGACCUGCAGCUGCAACCCGAGGACAAUUUUAUCCUGAAAGUGGUGCAGUUGGAAGAAUUGCUGGAGGUCAGGCAUUCCGUGUUCGUCGUUGGCAAUGCUGGCACGGGAAAAACGCAAGUGUGGAAGACUCUGUUCCGUACAUAUCAGAAUAUAAAACGCAAGCCGGUGUACAACGACCUCAACCCGAAGGCCGUCACUAAUGACGAGCUAUUCGGCAUCAUCAAUCCAGCUACAAGGGAGUGGAAGGAUGGGUUAUUGUCCGUCUUGAUGCGUGAGCAAGCUAAUUUGACAAAUGAUUCACCAAAGUGGAUUGUGCUUGACGGAGAUAUCGACCCUAUGUGGAUUGAAUCAUUGAAUACCGUAAUGGAUGACAACAAGGUGCUAACACUUGCUAGCAACGAGCGGAUUGCGCUGACGCCGCAUAUGCGAUUGCUCUUUGAAAUUUCCAACCUGCGCACAGCCACUCCAGCCACUGUCUCUAGAGCAGGAAUAUUGUACAUUAAUCCUCAAGAUCUCGGAUGGAAUCCGUACGUAACAAGUUGGAUAGAGCGACGCAAAAAUCAAUCUGAAAAAACAAAUUUAGUAAUUUUAUUUGACAAAUACAUUCCAUCGUGUGUGGAGACGAUGCGCACUCGUUUCAAGAAGGUCACUCCAAUUGCAGAGAUUUCUCACAUUCAAAUGCUGUGUCACUUGCUGCAAUGCCUACUAGUGCCUGAAAACACCCCACCCGAUUGCAACAAGGAAUGGAUCGAGAUAUACUUCGUUUUUGCCUGCAUCUGGGCAUUCGGCGCAUCUAUGUUUCAGGACCAGAUGAUUGACUACAGGGUGGAGUUUUCAAAGUGGUGGGUCAAUGAGUACAAGUCGGUCAAGUUCCCCGCCAACUGCUCUGUAUUUGACGUCUACAUCGACCCUGAGACCAAACAAUUUGUUCCUUGGAGCGAAAGGCUGCCUCGUUUUGAGCUUGAUCCUGAUUUGCCCCUCCAGGCAAUGCUAGUGCACACUCCUGAAAGCAUUAGAAUCCGCUACUUUUUGGAUUUGCUAAUGACUCCACGGCACCCUGUAAUGCUGGUUGGCCCAGCGGGUGUUGGGAAAACGGUGCUCGUGCAAGAAAAACUUGCCUCGCUGUCAGAGCAAUACGCCGUGGCCAAUGUGCCAUUUAAUUUUUACACUACGUCAGAGAUGUUGCAAAAGAUUUUGGAGAAACCGCUCGAGAAAAAAGCUGGCAGGAAUUACGGUCCGCCUGGAAACAAAACUUUGGUCUACUUUGUCGACGACUUCAAUAUGCCAGAGGUGGACGCGUACGGCACUGUCCAGCCUCACACCUUAAUCAGGCAGCACCUGGACUAUUCUCAUUGGUACGAUCGGACAAAACUGACGCUGAAAGAAAUCCACAACACGCAGUAUGUCGCCUGCAUGAACCCAACAGCCGGCAGUUUCACGAUAAAUCCACGACUUCAGCGGCACUUCUCUGUCUUUGCAAUAAGUUUCCCAAGCGCAGAGUGUCUGCAAACAAUAUACAGCUCCAUUUUAAGCCAACACAUGGGCAACCUGGAGCACCGCUUCCCACACUGUGUCACUCGAUUGACGCCUAACGUGGUUACUGCAUCGCUUUCUUUGCACCAAAAAGUUUCGCAAGUAUUUCUGCCGACGGCUGUCAAGUUCCACUACAUUUUCAAUUUACGUGAUUUGACGAACAUAUUUCAAGGACUACUAUUUAGCACGGCAGAGUGUUUAUCUGCACCUGCUGACCUUGUCCGUCUCUGGAUGCACGAGACGCAGAGAGUUUACGGGGAUAAGAUGGCUGAUGAAAAGGACAUUGAGCUUUUUUCCAAGAUUCAGACUGAUAUCGUUAAGAAAAACUUUGAGGAGGUGGAUGAAGCUGUCGUGGGCGACAGGCCGAAUAUUUACUGCCACUUUGCACAAGGCAUCGGCGAACCCAAGUACAUGCCUAUUGGAAAGUGGGACGCCCUGAGUCGCCUUUUGCAGGAAGCGAUGCUCAGCUAUAACGACCUGGUGGCUGCAAUGCGGCUGGUCCUCUUUGAAGACGCCAUGAUGCAUGUGUGCCGAAUCAACCGCAUCCUCGAGUCUCCACGAGGCAGCGCUUUGCUUGUCGGGGUUGGCGGUUCUGGCAAACAGUCUCUGGCCCGACUCGCUGCUUUCAUAUCCAGUUUGGAAGUAGCACAGAUCCAACUUAGGAAGGGUUACGGCGUGCAAGACCUGAAGGCUGAGUUGGCUGGUUUAUAUUUGAAAGCUGGUCUGAAGAACGUGGGCAUCAUGUUUCUUAUGACAGAUGCGCAAGUGGCACAGGAAAGUUUUCUAGUCCUGAUCAACGAUAUGCUCGCGUCAGGCGAAAUUCCCGAUCUCUUCCCCGACGACGAGGUUGAAAACAUUAUUGCUGGCGUCCGCAAUGAGGUCAAAGGUGCUGGAAUGGUGGAUUCGCGAGAAAACUGCUGGAAAUUCUUUAUUGACCGUGUGCGACGCCAGUUGAAGGUGGUGCUUUGCUUUUCUCCAGUUGGCUCCACACUCAGGGUUCGCUCAAGGAAAUUCCCAGCAAUUAUAAACUCAACAAACAUAAAUUGGUUCCACGAAUGGCCUCAAGAAGCGCUCGUAUCCGUUGCACGCCGAUUCCUCGAGGAAAUCCCCUCUUUGCCUGAGGCGAACCAAGAUGCAGCUGCCAAAUUCAUGGCUUUUGCGCACACUUCGGUGAACAACAUGUCCAGACUUUAUCUGCAGAAUGAACGGCGUUUUAACUACACGACGCCAAAGUCGUAUCUCGAGCAGAUCAGCCUUUACGCCAAACUCUUAGGACUAAAGAAUGUCGAGUUGCAGGCGAAAGUUGAACGGUUGGAGAACGGUCUGGAAAAGUUGAAGAGCACGGCUGAGCAGGUCGACGAUUUGAAAGCUAAACUGGCGGUCCAAGAGAUUGAGUUGAAACAGAAAAACGAGGCUGCAGACGCACUCAUCGAGAUUGUUGGCAUUGAAACGGACAAAGUGUCGCAGGAAAAAACACUUGCCGACGAGGAGGAGCGAAAGGUCGGUAUCAUCGCUGAGGAGGUGUCGAAAAAGCAGCAGGAUUGUGAAGAGGACCUGGUGAAGGCAGAGCCAGCCCUGCUCGCGGCCCAGGAGGCGCUCAACACCCUAAACAAGGCUAACCUCACUGAACUAAAAUCAUUCGGCUCCCCACCGGGAGCUGUGACCAAUGUUACGGCUGCUGUUAUGGUUCUUCUGGCCCCGGGAGGAAAAAUCCCCAAGGACAGGAGCUGGAAAGCUGCCAAGAUCACGAUGGCCAAGGUCGAUGCUUUCCUUGACGCUCUAAUAAACUACGACAAAGAAAAUAUUCACCCUGAAAUUAUGAAGGCUAUCCAGCCGUACCUCAAGGAUGCAGAGUUUGAACCUGAGUUUGUUCGAUCAAAAUCCGCAGCUGCAGCAGGACUGUGUGCAUGGGUAAUCAACAUUAUUAAAUUCUACGAGGUUUACUGUGAUGUUGAGCCGAAGCGGAAGGCUCUUGCACAGGCGAAUGCUGAGCUUGCGGUGGCUCAAGAAAAGCUCAGUGUUAUUAAGAGAAAAGUUGCGAGUUUGGAAGAGCAACUGGCCAAGUUAACAGCCGACUUUGAGCAAGCAACGGCUGAAAAACUCAAGUGUCAGGAAGAGGCCGACGCAACAAGUAGAACAAUCGCCCUAGCGAACAGGCUUGUUGGCGGACUUGCUUCUGAGAAUGUCAGAUGGGCCGAAGCAGUCACGAGCUACCUGCGACAGGGAACUACCCUUCCAGGUGAUGUUUUGUUGGUGACUGCUUUUGUGUCCUACGUUGGCUGUUUCACCAAACAAUAUCGGCACGACCUAGUCCAUAAGAUGUGGAUGCCGUUCUUAAAAACUGUCGAGCCUCCCAUCUUGACCACUGAGGGUCUUGACCUGCUGAGUCUGCUGACGGAUGACGCCCAGGUGGCCAGGUGGAACAACGAAGGACUUCCCAGCGACCGAAUGUCCACAGAAAACGCAACAAUUUUGGAAAAUUCAGACCGCUGGCCUCUGAUGAUCGAUCCACAGCUGCAGGGCGUCAAGUGGAUCAAGCAAAAGUUUGGCGAUGAGCUUCAGGUCAUUCGGCUCGGCCACAAGGGAGCACUGGAGGUCAUCGAAAAAGCCAUUUCGGCCGGACGCACUGUCCUGCUUGAGAACAUCGGCGAGGCUGUUGACCCCGUGCUGGAGCCAUUGCUGGGGCGGAACCUCAUUAAAAAGGGCCGCGCCAUCAAAAUGGGAGACAAAGAGGUCGAAUACAACUCAAACUUUAGGUUGAUUCUACACACUAAACUGGCUAACCCUCACUACAAGCCCGAGAUGCAGGCGCAGACGACGCUGAUCAACUUCACGGUGACUAGAGACGGCUUGGAGGACCAACUCCUUGCUGAAGUAGUCAAGGCUGAGAGACCUGACCUUGAGCAGUUGAAAGCUGAGCUGACGAAACAGCAAAACGACUUUAAAAUCAUGCUGAAGAGUCUCGAAGAUGAUCUACUGUCUCGACUCUCAUCAGCAGGAGCAAACAUUCUUGGCGACACGGCGCUGGUUGAGAACCUUGAGACCACGAAACAAACAGCAGCUGAAAUCGAGCAAAAGGUGACUGAAGCACGAGUAACUUCGACUCAAAUAGAUGAAGCACGUGAACACUACCGGCCUGCUGCAGCGCGAGCGUCACUUCUCUAUUUUAUCCUAAACGACCUGAAUACAAUUAACCCAAUUUAUCAAUUUUCUCUAAAGGCAUUUAGCAUUGUAUUUCAAAAGGCGAUAGAGCGUGCAUCACCCGCUGAGGAAGUUCGCUUGCGGGUGCGAAAUUUAAUCGACUGCAUCACUCACUCUGUUUUCAUGUACACGUCUCGCGGCCUUUUCGAGUGCGACAAGCUCAUCUUUGCUGCGCAGAUGACUUUCCAGAUUCUUUUGCGCAACGAAGAAAUCAGUGCCCCAGAGCUGGACUUUUUGCUUCGCUUUCCUGUCACUCCACACGUGCACAGCCCUGUUGAUUUUCUUUCAAACAACAGUUGGGGCGCCAUUAGGAGUCUUGCAGCCCGUGAUGAAUUUAGAAAUUUGGAUCGUGAUAUUGAAAGCUCCACGAAGCGCUGGAAGAAGCUUGUCGAGUGCGAGUGUCCCGAAAAAGAGCCUUUCCCGCAGGAGUGGAAGAACAAGACGGCCUUGCAGAAGCUCUGCAUGUUGCGCGCGCUCCGUCCUGACCGCAUGACUUAUGCUUUGAAGGCGUUUAUUGAGGAGAAACUCGGCGGCAAGUAUGUGGAAGGACGUACUGUUGAGUUUUCCAAAUCUUUUGAGGAGUCUUCAGCAAGCACGCCGAUAUUUUUCAUCCUUUCGCCAGGAGUCAACCCAGUCAAAGACGUAGAAAAUUUGGGAAGGAAGUUAGGUUUCACCGCAGACAAGCAGAACUUCCACAACAUUUCGCUCGGCCAGGGACAAGAAGCGGUGGCUGAGGAGGCCAUGGAGCUCGGAGCCAAGCAUGGACAGUGGGUUGUGCUACAGAACAUUCAUCUCGUGAAAAAGUGGCUGCCGUCACUGGAAAAAAGUUUGGAGCACUUGGCUGAAGGUGCACAUUCCGAUUUCCGUCUAUUUUUGAGCGCCGAGCCUGCAAAUACGCCCUCGGCUCACAUCAUUCCUCAGGGAAUUCUCGAGUCGUCCAUUAAAAUCACGAACGAGCCCCCGACAGGAAUGAACGCGAACCUGCACAAAGCACUGGAGAACUUCAACCAGGAAACGCUGGAAAUGAGCGGCAAGGAGGCCGAGUUUAAGGCCAUCCUUUUCUCUCUGUGCUACUUCCACGCUGUGGUGGCCGAGCGACGCAAGUUCGGCGCACAGGGCUGGAACCGCGUGUACCCCUUCAACGCCGGCGACCUCAACAUCUGCGUCAGCGUGCUGUUCAACUACCUGGAGGCGAGCCAGAAGGUGCCUUGGGAGGACCUGCGCUACCUCUUUGGCGAGAUCAUGUACGGCGGACACAUCACGGACGACUGGGACCGCCGGUUGUGCAUUUCCUACCUGGAGGAGCUAAUGCAGCCUGAACUGGUCGACGGCGACCUGCUGCUGGCCCCCGGCUUCCCCGCCCCACCAAACCUUGACUACCAGGGCUAUCACCAGUACGUGGACGAAGCCAUGCCGGCCGAGUCUCCUUACUUGUACGGCCUGCAUCCGAAUGCGGAAAUCGGCUUUCUCACCGCCACCUCGGACAACUUGCUGCGGACUGUCUUCGAAAUGCAGCCAAGAGAUGCUGGUGCCUCUGGAGGCGCCUCAGUAACCAGAGAAGACAAGGUCAAACAAGUGAUUGACGAAAUUCUGGAAAAACUGCCUGAAGAGUUCAAUAUGACUGAAAUUAUGGGAAAAGUGGAAGAGAGGACUCCGUAUGUGAUCGUUGCCUUUCAAGAAUGUGAACGCAUGAACUAUUUGACCAACGAGAUGAAACGCUCACUCAAAGAACUAGAUCUUGGACUCAAGGGCGAGCUGACAAUUACCUCGGACAUGGAAAAGCUGGAGACGGCUCUCUUCCUGGACCAGGUGCCGGCAGUGUGGACAGCACGCGCGUAUCCUUCGCUCCUGCCCCUUGGAGCCUGGUUCGCAGAUCUUCUGCUUCGAUUGCGAGAGCUCGAUGCGUGGGCUUCGGAUUUUGUCUUGCCCGCCACCGUGUGGCUAGCGGGAUUUUUCAACCCCCAGUCCUUCCUUACUGCUAUCAUGCAAAGCACAGCCCGCAAAAAUGAGCUGCCGCUAGAUAAAAUGUGCUUGCAGUGCGAGGUCACCAAGAAGCACAAGGAGGACUUCACGAGCGCGCCAAGAGACGGCGCCUACGUGCAUGGCUUAUACAUGGAAGGUGCUCGAUGGGACACGCAAGCGGGCGUGAUUGUCGACGCUCGCCUCAAAGAGCUGUUUCCCCCGAUGCCGGUCAUAAAUAUCAGGGCCAUCACGCAAGAUAAGCAAGAUCUGCGCAACAUGUACGAGUGCCCCGUUUACAAGACGCGCCUUCGAGGUCCCACGUUUGUUUGGACUUUCAACCUUAAAACCAAGGAAAAACCUGCUAAGUGGACUCUCGCGGGUGUUGCUCUUUUACUUCAAAUUUAAAAAUCUCUUUGAAUUCAUAUCUACUAUUGGAUGAUUGAUUUGAAUAUAGCAAUUUGUGCGGAAUUCGUAACCAGGUUAUGUAUAAACAUUAUCACUUGCUUGUAAUUUCAUGAACAUAAAUAUUAACUUGGGAUGGCAUUACAAGCAACACAAACCAAUCUGAAAAACAUAAAUAUUUGAAAUGAAAAUACAUUGAAAACUAACAAAAUUACAAAAAGGCAUAAUUCUUAUAAAAGAUAGAUUAAUUAUAAAAUUUAUAAACUGUCUGCAAAACAGAACAAGGUUUUCACAAGGAAAGUAGCACGCUAUGAAAUAAUCCCACUGAUUUUUUAAAAUGUUAUCUUCAUCUACUGUAUCUAAACAAGUAAAUAAUCUUGGAAAAUGUUGGAUUACUGUAUAUGAUAUUAAAAAUUAGAUCAAAAUUAAUUCUAGGUUCAGGUGACAUAACAGGAAAUUCAAAAAUGAUUAAAC